UUCUCCACUGGCUCUUUGCCUUUUUGUGUCACUGACUUCCUCUCAGUGCACUAGGCUAUGCUCACUUCCUCCUAUAGUCCCCUGUGCCACUGUAUUUAGGGACAGUUUUAUUCAGACUACUACAGACAAUUUCCUGGACGCUCUUUUGGAUGAUGCACGUUAUUGGAAGCUGAAGGCAGAACAACAAUGCAGAACAUCAAGUGUGUCGUGGUGGGAGACGGUGCCGUUGGGAAGACCUGCCUCCUGAUUUCCUUCACCACCAACGCCUUUCCUAAAGAAUACAUUCCCACUGUAUUUGACAACUACAGCGCACAGCUGGAGAUAGACUCUAAAAUCGUCAGUCUGAACCUGUGGGACACAGCGGGACAGGAGGAAUACGACCGUCUACGGACACUCUCUUACCCACAGACCAACGUCUUCAUCAUCUGCUUCUGCGUCGCCAGCCCCUCGUCCUACGAGAACGUCAAGCUAAAGUGGUACCCCGAGGUGUCAGAACACUGUCCUCAUGUGCCCAUCCUGCUGGUGGGGACUAAAACAGAUCUGAGAGAUGAUCCAGAGGUGCUGCAGAAGCUGAAAGAGAAGAACCUGUCCGUGGUGUCCCAGCAGCAGGGGGCGGCGCUGGCCCGACAAAUCCAGGCCAAUAAGUACAUGGAGUGUUCAGCACUCAACCAGGACGGGGUGAAGGAAGUUUUUACAGAAGCAGUUCGCACCUUCCUCCACCCCAAGCCGAAGGCUUCCAAGAAAUCAUGCGUGCUACUUUAAAUCUGAGGGGACCUGAACAUAUGUAUAUUUUUACAUGGGGGGUUUGCUUUAUCACAUGUACUGUACAUGAAAAUCACACUUUAAAAAGGUAAAAAUGUCUUUACAUUAUAUAACAAUAUAUAUUUUCUUUAAAAGACGAAUACAGCACAAAACAAGAAUAUUAUUACAUACAUUAAUAUUGAAGAAUAUUAAUACUUAAAAAAUGUUAGGUUUCAAAAAAUAUGAAAUAUGCAAAAUAAUGACAAAAAGUACAGUAUUUGGACACUUUCUGGGUGUAAAACUUAUUGGAACAUGUUAAUAGUUAAUGUGACGAACUACUAGCUGGUAAAAAGGUUUCUCAGUGGUUCUGAGAAAAGUUCUAGCAUUUUUUUUUUAAUUUAAUUACUAUAUUUUUUAACUGAAACUUACAAGUCAAAAUAUGUGACCCGUGCUGGCAAAGUGAGUCGGAAUGCGCAUUGCGCACGGGCUAAUUUCGAGCUACAGGCAAAUCAAGUAAAAAAAUAUGUAAAUUUUGGUCUAAUUUGAGGUUCACACACACACACACACACACACAAAGAGUUUAUUAAGCCCUCAUCUAGCGAUCCCAAUGCUCUAAAUAGCUAUUAAACAUAUAAAAGUAUCUUUAUUUGUAGGUUUUCUGAGAGGAGUACCUUUCAUUUGUCCAUGAAAAAUGCAGUUUUUCUCUGCUCGCCUCUCGACGACUGGUACUACCCCUCAGGACAAGUUUGGUAUUGUUUUAAAACGCAGCAUUUAAACUUUGUUAAUAUUCAUAGCGAAUUCUCGAUGGCACGAGUCUGAACCAACGAAAUGUGAUUUUCAUACUCAUGCUGAUGUAAACAAUACGAUCUUACUCGCGCUGACAGAUCCAAAGUGCGCGCGCGCAAAGACAGCGCGCGAUACCGAUGUACACAUAUGAAUUACAGCAUGUAUUUUAAAAAUAUCGGUCUUGGUGAAUAUUCACGCAAACAUUAUCUGUUAUGUCUUAAGUGAACGUUUGGUUAACUGUUGAGUAAAAAACAUCUGAUGUGUAACAUUAUAUUAGGUCCGUGUGAUACAGUAGAUCUUAAUAUAUAGACUGUUUCAUUAAUGUUAAUCAAACAAUUGUGGAAUAAUGGGAAAAAAAGUUAAAUAUCUAUAUUUUUCCUAUAGAUGUUUGGUUUUGACUUGGUUUGUGCCAAUUUUGGUGUUAUUAACAGGGCUUUAAGGUAUGGUUGCUAGGUGAUUUUGUUUUGGACCUUCAGAAAACUUUAACUCGAUUUUUCUCAAAAUUGACUUUGCUGACUCUGUCGACUUCAAACAGGUGUAGCUCAGUCAUUUUUUUUUUUUUGUCAGAUCCCAACAAAUCAUACAUCAUCUUGAAGGCUUUUUAAUAGAGAAUGUGAACAUUUGCUUAUUGCGACUCAUUUUGACAGCACGGGUCACAUAUGUUUUGGGGUCACUGUACAUGUUCACUGUUACAAAAGACAAAAAACAGAUUGUAGAUUUUAUAUAUGGUGAAUAUUAUAGCAUGAUGGGUGCAUUAAAAGAAAAAAGAAAACAAAUGCUAUAUUUUAAAGAUUUGUUACAAUAGAUGUAUAUAUUUGAUUCGGUGUUCAUAGUAUAAAAUAGGUCAUGUUGACCAUCUCACAUGCUUUCAGUUUCAAAUCACUGAGUCCUAUCUUUGAAUGUUCCCCACUUCUUCUUACUUAAUAUGUGUAUUUAAAUGUUUUUUCUUUGUUACUCAAAGGUAAAUAUAACCAGCAAAUGUAGGCAAAGCUGUCACUGAUUCAAACUAUAUUGAUUAAUCAGUUUGUGAAUCAGUCAAUUCAUGAUAAACAAUCCAAAUAUUCUGGAUCAAGAAAGCACAACAUGGCAGAUAUGGAGACUGUUCAGUCCGACUUUGCAUGUAAAGCAAAGCCUGCUUUUAAUAUGUUGUUCAUUUGCCUAUUUAAUCUUGAGAUUUGCUUACAACCUCGCUGCAGCAUUUAGUUUUUAAAUCAUACUGUUGAACACAAGACAUAAUUCUGUGUCACUUUAGUUCAGACUAAUUUCACAUACACUGCCACAAUAUUAAAGGUUUCUAUAAAAUGCUGUCUUUGUACUUUUCUGCACACAUUAAUAAAAAGGAGGAACUGUUUAUGCAAACCUGUGCUUUACCCGCUUACCUCACGAUUACAAAACACGAAACUCAUUAGUUUCAGGUUCUUUUUUUCUUUUCUUUUUGCACGUUUGGGAGAUGAGUUUGUGGCUGCUUAUGAAGCACUUUUCAUUCGUUCCAUUUACUUUCUUUUGUGCUGAUUUUCAAUUCUCUUGUUAGUUAGAGCAGAAGAAACGAGAAAUGUUCACUUCCCUCCUGUAAAUCCUCAGCUAUUUCUGUCACAGUUUGCAGUAGUUUUGAUUUAGUUGUAAAUCUUAACAGGAGAACGAAACAAUGAAACUAACAAAACUAAAACUAAAAUAAAUUGUCAGGGUUCCAAUUCAGAAACUUUCUAGCUUGAUAAAAUAAAAUUGUUGCAGGGUUGCAGAUCAGAAACUUUCAAGCUGGAAAAAUAAAAUAAAACAAAACAAAAUAAAAUAAAUAUCAGGGUUGCAGAUCAGAAACUUUUAAGAUGGAAAAAUAAAAUAAAACAAAAUAAAGUAAAAUAAAGUAAAAUAAAAUAAAAUAAAAUAUCAGGGUUGCAGAUCAGAAACUUUGAAGAUGGAAAAAUAAAAUAAAACAAAACAAAACAAAAUAAAACAAAAUAAAAUAAAUAUCAGGGUUGCAGAUCAGAAACUUUCAAGCUGGAAAAAUAAAAUAAAACAAAAAAAUAAAAUAAAAUAAUUAUCAGGGUUGCAGAUCAGAAACUUUCAAGCUGGAAAAACAAAACAAAAUAAAAUAAAAUAAAAUAAAAUAAA